AUGGAUUUCUUCAGACGGCACCAGAAAAAGGUGCUGGCACUGGUAGGUGUGGCGCUGAGUUCCUACCUGUUUAUCGACUAUGUGAAGAAAAAGUUCUUCGAGAUCCAGGGUCGUUUGAGCUCGGAGCGAACCGCUAAACAGAAUCUCCGGCGCCGAUUUGAACAGAACCAGCAGGAUGCAGAUUUUACAAUCAUGGCUCUGCUAUCCAGCUUGACGACACCGGUAAUGGAGCGUUACCCCGUCGACCAGAUCAAGGCAGAGUUACAGAGCAAGAGACGCCCCACAGACCGGGUUUUGGCUCUCGAGAGCUCCACCUCGUCCUCAGCUACCGCACAAACCGUGCCCACCAUGACAAGUGGCGCCACAGAGGAGGGCGAGAAGUCGAAAACACAGUUGUGGCAGGAUCUCAAGCGAACGACCAUUUCCCGAGCGUUUUCUCUUGUCUAUGCAGAUGCACUUCUUAUUUUCUUCACGCGUUUGCAGCUCAACAUUCUAGGACGACGAAACUACGUCAACAGUGUUGUCGCUCUGGCGCAGCAGGGCCGAGAGGGUAAUGCCGAGGGUCGAGUGGCGCCCUCGUUUGGUGAUCUUGCAGAUAUGGGCUAUUUCGGCGACCUUUCAGGCUCGUCCAGCUUCGGAGAAACUAUUGUCGAUCCCGAUCUGGACGAACAGUACCUUACCUUUUCGUGGUGGCUGCUGAACGAGGGAUGGGUGUCGCUGAGCGAGCGAGUGGAGGAAGCGGUUCGUCGAGUGUGGGACCCCGUGUCACCCAAGGCCGAACUUGGAUUUGACGAGUUGUCGGAACUCAUUGGACGAACACAGAUGCUCAUUGAUCGACCUCUCAAUCCCUCGUCGCCACUCAACUUUCUGAGCCAGCUGCUGCCACCACGGGAGCAGGAGGAGUACGUGCUUGCCCAGAACCCCAGCGAUACUGCUGCCCCCAUUGUAGGACCUACCCUCCGACGGCUUCUGGACGAGACUGCCGACUUCAUCGAGUCCCCUAAUGCCGCAGAGGUGAUUGAGCGACUUGUUCACUCCGGUCUCUCUGUGUUCAUGGACAAGCUGGCUGUCACGUUUGGAGCCACACCUGCUGAUUCGGGUUCGCCUUAUCCUGUGGUGCUGCCUACUGCAAAGGUCAAGCUGCCCUCCAUUCUUGCCAACAUGGCUCGACAGGCUGGAGGCAUGGCCCAGGGAUCGCCGGGCGUGGAAAACGAGUACAUUGACGUGAUGAACCAAGUGCAGGAGCUGACCUCCUUUAGUGCUGUGGUCUAUUCAUCUUUUGAUUGGGCUCUCUAG